AUGCAUUGGUUCUGUGAGCGUCAGUACAAGUGUCGAAGGUUGUGGCCAUUGCCUAACGUCCGCCGCCCUCAAAACGCUGACCGCACUGAUAUAGCCGAUGGUCGGUUAGGACUCAGUCUUCGACAUGCCCAACGACGCGCGAACCUUAGUACUUUUCUCCCGAAAAAUGAAACCAAUGCCAGCCCUACAACGGGAUACUCGUCCGCUGGUGUCGAGAGCGAGAGCGAGAGCGACUCUGAGUGGAUGCUCGACGUACCCAUUCCGACGCGAUUAUGUAUCGUCAUUCAAGUUGUGGGAUCGAGAGGAGAUGUCCAGCCUUUCGUAGCCCUUGGUCUCACCCUACACAAGAAGUACGGCCAUCGGGUCCGCAUCGCCACGCAUGGAGUCUUUCAGAGGUUUGUCGAACAGAAUGACCUCGAGUUCUUCGAUAUCGGGGGCGAUCCGGAAGAACUCAUGGCAUUCAUGGUUCGAAACCCUGGCCUUCUACCAAGCUACAGCUCGUUGCGAAAUGGAGACGUGAAGCAGCAGAGGGCAAACAUGCGUGCCAUCUUGGACGGCUGCUGGAGAUCAUGUGUGCAGCCGACUUGCGGCAGGCCGUUCAUUGCAGAUGCCAUCAUUGCUAACCCGCCGAGCUUCGCGCAUAUCCAUUGCGCCGAGAAACUCGGUAUUCCUCUCCAUCUCAUGUUCACCAGAAUGCCGUAUUCUCCCACAGAGACCUUCCCACAUCCUCUCGCCAACAUUCAACGGUCCGACCUCAGCCCUGGGCUUACAAACAAGUUGUCUUUUGCCUUGAUCGAACGGAUCACUUGGCACGGGCUAGGCGACAUAGUCAAUAGGUUUCGGGAGGAAUCGUUGGGGUUAACGCCUAUCAACCUGGCGUGGGCCCCAGGCCUCAUCACACGAUUGAACAUCCCAUACACUUAUUGUUGGUCUCCAUCGUUACUAAGAAAGCCAAAAGACUGGGGUCCCGGGAUUUCAGUAUCUGGCUUUUACUUUCUACCCAAGGAGGGCUCCUUUGAACCGCCGACAGAUCUCGUUCAAUUCAUCAAUUCAGGGGAGCCGCCAGUCUACAUUGGCUUCGGCUCGAUCGUGGUAGAUGACCCGCAGUCUAUGACAGAACUUAUUUUUGCUGCAGUCGAAAAGGCUGGGGUACGGGCGCUCGUAUCUAGAGGAUGGAGUGGGAUUGGCGACAACAUGAACGAUGCAGAGCCCCCGGCCAGUAUUUUUCUACUCGAGAAUGUCCCACACAGCUGGCUCUUCGAGCACGUGUCAGCAGUGAUACACCACGGUGGUGCGGGUACUACUGCCGCUGGGCUUGCUGCCGGAAAACCUACUGUCAUUGUGCCUUUCUUCGGUGAUGCAUUCUGGGGUCACGUAGUUGCAAAUGCAGGAGCAGGGCCACAUCCGCUACCGUAUUCAAAGCAGACCGUCGAUACGUUGGCAAGCCACAUUCGACAGGCACUGCACCCGGAUACCAGGCUACGCGCGAGGCAUAUUCAGAUGAACAUCCGCAACGAGCAGGGCUGUGAGAACGGAGCGCGCCAUUUCCACAAAAUGCUGCCUGCAAAAGACAUGCAAUGCACGUUAGACCCUAAAAGACAUGCCGUGUGGUUUGUAAAAAGAAAAGAUAUCAGAUUAAGCGCAAUGGCUGCUGCGCUCUUACUUGAGAAAGGCUUUAUAGGCGAAGCAGACCUUGCACUGUAUGUCCGCAUCCGCAACCAUCCUUUCUUCUGGUCGACACAUGAUUUAAGCAAAAUGCAUAGAUAUCGAUCCAAGGAAUACGUCGUCAAAGACCUACCCACAGAUCCUCUUACAGGUGGCGCAUUCGCAUUCCUCGGAUCCUUUAGUGACGUCUUGUACGAGGCGUAUUCCCUCCCACGGGCAAUCGCUAGGGACAUGUCCGACAGUUCACGGACACCUUCCUCUUCCUCAGCCCCAUGCUCAACCCCAACCAACUCUGUAGCGGCCGCGUCUGUAUCUCUGAUGGAAGAAGGCAAAAUGUCUCUCGAUCCUCGCGACUCGACCUCCCCUAACCUUGCUACGAGUGGGAGAAUCGCAAUCACAGCUGCGACCGGGAUUGGAAGAUUCAGCAAAGCCGUCCUCUCCGCCCCCAUGAACUUCAGCAUGGGGAUUGCUCGGGGUUUCCAGAGCCUACCAAUGUUAUACGGAGAUACAACGGUGAGAGAGCCAGAAAAGGUGACUAGUCUACUAAAGGGCAUCGAGGUGGGAAGCAAGGAGCUUAUGUAUGGCUUUUACGAUGGCAUCACUGGCGUAGUCACACAGCCGAUACAGGGAGCCAAGAAAAGCGGCGCGGUCGGUUUUACGAAAGGUCUAGCCCGGGGACUGGGAGGACUUGUUUUGAAACCCGGCGCAGGGCUGUUCGGACUCCCCGCUUAUUCACUUCAAGGCGUGAGCCAGGAGGUGCACAACUUACUCGGGGUCAACCACGAGAGAUUGAUAGCACACAGCCGCCUGGAGCAGGGGAAGGCAGAGAUGGAGGAGGCACCAGAGGAAGAGAAGUGGAUGAUCUUGAGGGCUUGGAAAGCGAUCUCUUGA